CCUUGUGCUGGCAAGUGCGCGAUUUUACCCAUGCACACGCACCUGACAGAGAGCAAAUCGAGCCCAUUUCCGCAACAACUACCUGUGUUGAUUUUGCGGUCAACCACUGUGACGCUUCUAUUUAGGGUACCGCUACCCUUCCAGUACCACCACCUUUGUGCAGUACUUUACAAACUCGAAUAACACGGUCCGUUGGUGAUUUGAACGGUGGUUAAAACUUUAUUGUGACUAUUUUCCGGUUUCUAGGAACUCAAAAUGGAUUGUUACACUUCUGGACUUUCUUAAUGUGAAGACGGAGGAACCAGAUUAGAAAAUCAUGCCUGAAACAGUGACUACCACCGCUUCCGAGGAACGACCCUUAGCCUUAUCGAGGCGUGACUUCCCCUUGCCAUCGCCAGGAAGUUCCAAUAGGUCUUCUUCUGGUGGCAGAUAUGAGGGCCAAAUGGCUUAUCACCAGGUUUCGCUGUCGACAAGCAUGAGUCAUCAUAGAGAAAGCUCAGCAUUUGUACCUGUGGUACCUUCAAGAAAUAUGCCUCAUCCCAUGUUGUAUCCUGGUGAGAUCCAUCCCUUGUUAGGGCUGGAGAACAGGGAACGAAGUGGCGAAGGAAAUAAAAAUAGUGAAGGUUCAACGCCUUUGAGGAAAUCCACUUCGUCCUUUGAACUGAUGGCUAUGAUGGCCGAUAAAAGGAAGGAGCUGCAGCUUCGAGAGGAAGCCGCUUGUGUAGCCGCAGCUGCUCACGCGGCUGCGCUGAUGUUACCUCAUCGACCCGGACCACCGGGUGCUCUGUUGGAACCUUCCGGCAACCAGCAACCUCACGGUUAUCCUGGGUUUCUUCCUAGCAGCCCUGCCAAUGCUGGUAGCUUUACCUUUCCUGGAGGUGGUGCUCUAUUUCCACCAGGACCACCUCAAAUGCAUGCUCAUUUAGAUCGAAGACUUCUAAGGGCUCCAGGAAGGGCUUCCAGACCUAAGAAACAGUUCAUCUGUAAAUUCUGUAACAGACAGUUCACCAAAAGCUACAACCUGUUGAUCCACGAAAGAACUCACACGGAUGAGAGGCCUUACAGCUGUGACAUUUGUGGUAAGGCCUUCAGACGUCAAGAUCACCUAAGGGAUCACAGAUACAUCCAUUCAAAAGAAAAACCGUUCAAAUGCAACGAAUGCGGAAAAGGUUUCUGUCAGUCCAGAACGCUGGCAGUCCACAAGAUCCUCCACAUGGAAGAGUCGCCUCACAAGUGCCAGGUCUGCUCCAGGUCCUUCAACCAGCGUUCCAACUUGAAAACCCACCUCCUGACUCACACAGAUCACAAACCGUACGAGUGCAACAGCUGUGGCAAAGUAUUUAGAAGAAAUUGUGAUUUGAGACGACAUGCACUGACUCACGCUGUUGGAGAUGUGCCACCUGAUGGUGAUUUGGAUGGAGAAAGAGACAGGAUGUCACCUAGACCAAGAUCACCAUCACAAGACUCAAGAGAUGACCUAAGAAUAUGUUCACCAACUCCGGAUCGUACUCACUGUCACGAGCCUUCAACUUCGUCAUCUCCAUACACGAUGAGACCUCAAAUGGAUAAGCUGGAUUACCGGCAUGACAUGGAUGACGAUGAGGAUGACGAGGAUGAUCCGGAGAUAGAUCCAGGCCAGGAAGAUUGUCCUGAAGUCAUUAAUGAGUUAGAUCAUGACGUUUCGAUACGUCCUGCACCAUCCCCACUACCGCAGCUCCAAAUCAGAAGGGAUCUCCUCGCUAAACCCAGCACCAUAACCAGCAAAUCCAUGGAACCUUGCUUUCUAGGUCCAUUCCGUAAACGAGCAUUCGACCAGGACCGUCCCAGCUGUUCCACAGGCUUCCUGGGCUCGCCCAGGCCAAGAACACCAUCUUCCUACACCCAUUCACGUCCUCUCAGCCCACCAAUGUCGCUGAGAAUGGGUGGGAUGACCAACAUUAGCAGCAUUCAUCCUCAGUAUGCUCAAAACUUGUCUCUGCCGGUCCAGAAUGUCACUCUACCACCGACACCGAGCUCAAUAAUCAAACCUAAUGAUGGUCCAGGGACUUACUCAGCUCCAAUGCACAGUCCAGGACUUCUAGGACACCCCGGAGGUUCCAAAGGACCGAAUUGUUCUGGGCAGGUGUCUCCAAACAGUAUGCCUAGUGAUUUGAGUAUGAAAAAGGUGGAAGUCCAAGUUCCGGCUCAGCAGAGACCGCCUCCUAAGAAGACUGGUUUUACCAUAGCUGACAUAAUGGGUCGGUAAAAGUAAUUGAGUCAUGUGUAAGUGUAGAUAUUGUGGUGUUAUGUGAAGAUGUUUGCAAAGAAGUAAUUUUAAGUAAAAGAAUUUAGUGAUUGAUACUUUUGCUUGUGACAUAAUUUGAGUUUAUAAGGCAAAGUUAGUUAAGCUAUCUUGAUUGAAACUGAUUAGUUUUUAAUAUAAUUCUCUCAUAAUUUUUCGUAUAUGAAACCUUGAAAAAGUCAAAACUCGAAGACAUGUAAUAUAAAAGUCAUAUUCUUUUUACAAAUAUUCUUAAGUUUGUAUGAGCCCCGGCAAACUUAGCUCAGGUGUUUAGUACAGGCUACAUGCGCAGGGAAUUUUGCUCAGUUUAACUACAUAUGCACCGAUAUGCCUUUACAAAUCAGAUUUGUCUGUGCGAAAAAACUGAGCGUCUGUGGGGGCCUUUGAACGUAUUUUACUGUAAUGCUCAAAUGUAUUUAUUAAAAUCUCUUACCCUUCACAAAUUUGUACAUUUUUUUCGAUAUUUUCAUUAAUUCGAUUUAUAUUUUUGUACAUUAUACCACCUAAGGUGGGACAUUAUAUCGCUGUAACGGUCUUUAAAUAAUAUACAUUUAAAUUUAUUAUGUUCCUUGUAUGUUUUUACUUGUAUUUUUUACGUUUUUUUUUAAUUAAAAUUUAAGAUAACUCUGUAUAUUUUGUAAAACAUUUUGUAAAUUUUUAAAAGGGACCUUAACUCGCAAUUCAUAUUUGUAAAAAAUACUUUUUUAUAUUUUGUAUCAUAAUAUUAUAUUUUACUAUGAUAAAUUCUUGGUGAAGAACGUUUUAGUGUUGUAUAGAAUACAAAUAGGUUAGAGUUAGGAAUAAUUGCUUUAAUUUAUGAAUUAUUAGCAGUAUUGUUACAAUAAAUUAUUAUUAAGUACAAUUAUAAUGUUUUAUAAGUGAUUUAUUAGUGUUGCAAAGUAUUUCAAGGACUAUAAGUUUAUUAUUAAACAUUCCAACGUAUUUUUUUAUAUUGUACAAAUUUCAUACGUUUCUCUCAAACAAGAUUUUAGUAUUUUAGAUGAUAGUUUAAAUUUAUAUUAUUAAAAUUAGAAAAUUUAAUUUGUAUAUACAUAUAAAUUUUUGUACGGAUCUCUCAAACUUAUAAUAGGGUUUUAUUUUAAGUAAUUUUACGAAAAAUCCUGUGUACAAAUUUUAUGUACAACAAAAUUGAUGUUAAUUUUUAUUUUGUGUACUUUUAAGAUUUUAUCGAUUGUAAAGUUUAUUUUUA